AUGGCACCGAAAACCGGAGCAUGUAAGUGGAGGGAGACUUAUCCUCUAAAAAAUGUGAGGGGUUGUUCCUCCCGCCAUCUUCCAGGAACGAGGAACAACCGGAGACCACUUUCCAGGAAGGCAGUCCCCUGUCCUAAAGGACCAAAACCUCAAACAGCAAAGCCAACCUCCGCAAGGACACAGACUAGGCCAGGAGUGAAGACCAAGAAAGAGGGGGUCCGAAGGCCAGACAAGUACGAAACUUUGACUCCAACUCAAGAUGGGUCCCGACCUUUGGUUCUCUUCCCUAGAAAUCCACAACUACCAUCCCCCGAAAUCCAAGGGCUGCAAAAGCAUUGGUUUUCAACGAGUUUGGCCCAGAAACACCCUUCUUCCCCCGGAACGGACACGGACACCCCCAGAACGGACACGGACACCCCCAGAGGAUACUUGAGACACCCAACCACCACUCUCACAGUCCAAACCAGCAAGUCAUGGCGGACUUGUUUAGCCCUCCAUAAGAAACCGCACCGUCAUUAACAUAGUAGUCGUCAAGUGUCGGCAGCCAAAUCGAUAGCCGAAUCGUCGAGAUAGCCGUCCCACGAGUCUUUCCGUGUGUAGAACACUGCCAACUGAGACUAGCUUUUGUUUCCUCUCC